AGAAGGGGGCGGAGACGGAGGAGACAGAGAAAGAUAAGGGCAAGGAGAAGAGGAGAGGCAAGGGAAAGGAGCCGUGGAGGCACAAGGUGAAGGGAAAAGGCAAGGACAACAUCGUGCCGAAGGAGGAGACAAUGCAGGAGAGGAUGCUCAACCAGUUCCGGGACGUGCGGUUCAGGACAAUGAUCCAGCAGGCUAGGAACAGAGGCCACAUGAACAUGAACGCCUCCUUCUCAGCGUGGGGUGGUGCGACGCAGUUGUACAGCCGGCUGAAGCUGCUCAGCUCCGUCAUCCACGGCGGAGAUCUGAGGUCCGAUAUCGCGCUGAUCGACUCGGAUUACCUGGAAACGAGGCACGGCGAGGGUCUGAGGAGAUUCUAUCUCGAGAUGUUCCAGAAGAUCUACAUGAUAAGCCUCGACCUGGCGAGGUUUCUCGUCCAAGCCGAGAGGAAACACUUCCUGGCGUCAACUUGGAUCAACCUGAUAGACCGCUACUGCUACGUGGCUGACUCGACGAUGCAGGAGCACCAGGACAAGCGCGUCAAAAGGGGCAACAAGGGGCCUGACGAGAACAACGACCAAGUACAGGUGAUCUUCAAGACAGACAAGGAGUACCGGAAAUGGAUAACCGAGCUCGAGGAACUCAUGACGAAGACGACAGCCGACAAGCCGCUGGCCGCGCUGACCGCGGCGGACCUGAAAAAGGCUGACGAGCAUGCCCAAAAGUUAUGGAAGGAAGGAGAAAGUGUGGUCUUGUGGAACAAGCUCAAAGUUGACCACCUGUGGGGACCUAGUGCCAGGUUCCAGAUCGAGCACAAUUCACCGUACUUUAGGCAGAAAUUCAGGCCGGCCACCGACGAUUAAUCAUAUAUGUACAUCAAUAUCUUUUGGAGCUGCUUUAGAGGUUUGAAGGUUGGGUUGGGUUUGGACAGCAUGGGCGCAUUUUUGGUGCAUAUAAGGGGGAGUAAACAUAUUUGUAUAUACGCAUUCGGCGAGAAGAUCGCAUCAUGUCAUAUUUCCCACCAUUUUGG